CUGAGGGAGCGAGGGCGGGAGCAGCCGGAGCCGGCGGGAGGGGAUGCAGCGACUUUGCGAACACUUUGCAACUCUCCCUCGCCGGAGGCAGCGCUUCUCCCCGGCCUCGCCGCUGGCUCCCCCUGAAGCGCAGGUCGCGGCCGGGCCGCUGGGGAAGAGAUCCAGGAACCCCGGCCAAGGAAAGGAACGCGCGUCUUCUGAGGGGAAGAGAGGUGGAGAAGGAGGAGGAGGAGGGGGGACUCCUUUCCUCGUCUCCAGGGCGCGCCCUCCCGCCUGACCUCGCGCACCCGGCGCCUCAGAGGGGGAACCUUGCAAGCGGCUUUCCUCCGCAAAAGACGGCGAGCCGGAGUGGAUGGUCCCCAGGUUGCUGCCGCCGGCUGCCUCGAAGUCCCUUUCGGGACAAAGGCUCCCCGGAGCCGGCCCUUCCUCGGAAAGAGGCUGCGAGGAUCCCGCGUACGGGGCAUCCGCCGGAACUAAAGCUAGAUGAUGCUUUCCAGAUAGCUGAAGAACAACGGGGACGUUUGAAGAAGGUCCCUUUCCCCCCUUCUCCUCAAAGGGGAAAGGCCUUUCUUUGGCAAGUCAUCGAACGCAACACUCUCUCUCUCCAUGGAUAAAGGGCACACGUUACCUCAAGACUUCUGGGAGCUGCUGCAUUGCCUGAGGAUGAGGAGCAAAUACGCCAUCCUCCUGGUGUUUGUGGUAGCCCUUGUCAUUAUUGAGAAGGAGAACAACAUCAUCUCAAGGGUGUCUGACAAACUAAAGCAGUCUCCGCAGUCCUUGAUGGAAGCCAACAGCACAGACUCUGGCUCGGUGCUGUCAGAGAAUGGCUCCUUGCUGUCCUUGAGCGAGCUGGACGCAGCUUUCUCCCAGCUCAGGAACCGCCUUCAGAAUGUCACUUUGCAGCUCGGGGGGACUUUGCCAGCGCCUGUUCAGGGAACCCGGAGACACAUUCUUCUCAUGGCCACCACCCGCACUGGGUCCUCCUUCGUAGGGGAAUUCUUCAACCAACAGGGCAACAUCUUCUACCUCUUUGAACCGCUGUGGCACAUUGAAAGGACCGUGUCCUUCGAGACUGGAGGUGCCAAUGCCGUGGGCUCAGCCCUUGUCUACCGGGACGUCUUGAAACAGCUCUUCCUCUGCGACCUCUACAUCCUGGAGAACUUCAUCAUUCCGUUCCCAGAGGACCACCUGACCCAGUUCCUGUUCCGGCGCGGCUCCAGCCGCUCUCUGUGCGAGGAGCCCGUCUGCACGCCGUUCGUCAAGAAGGUCUUUGAAAAAUACCAUUGCAAGAACCGCCGCUGCGGGCCCCUCAACGUGACCCUGGCCACGGAGGCCUGCCGCCGUAAGGAGCACAUGGCGCUGAAGGUGGUGCGGAUCCGGAAGCUGGAGUAUUUGCGCCCGCUCGUCGAGGACCCUCGCUUGGACAUGAGGAUCAUUCAGCUGGUGAGGGACCCCCGAGCGGUACUGGCUUCCCGCAUGGUCGCUUUCUCCGGGAAGUACGAGACGUGGAAGAAGUGGGCCACAGAAGGUGCGGCAACCCUCAAUGAGGAUGAGGUGCAGCGGCUGCAGGGGAAUUGCGAGAGCAUCCGGCUCUCGGCGGAGCUUGGCUUGAGGCAGCCAGCCUGGCUCCGUGGCCGCUACAUGCUGGUCCGCUACGAGGACAUUGCCAGGUCGCCCCUUCAGAAGGCAAAGGAGAUGUACCGAUUCUCGGGCAUCACCAUCACCCCGCAGGUAGAGGAGUGGAUCCAGAAGAACACCCAGGCGCCUCACAACAGCAACGGCAUCUACUCCACCCAGAAAAACUCCUCCGAGCAGUUCGAAAAGUGGCGCUUCAGCAUCCCUUUCAAGCUUGCCCAGGUGGUGCAGAACGUCUGCAGCCCGGCCAUGAAACUCUUUGGCUACAAGCUGGCCGGCAGUCCCGAGGCCCUUACGAACAGAUCAGUCAGCUUGCUGGAGGAGAGGAGAACCUUUUGGAUCACGUAAAGGUGCCACUUUGCUGGUGGAUUUUUCCACAUCGUAGCUUUCUUGUCGGAUUGGAAAAGCCGGAGCGCAAGAAUUGUUGGGGGGGAGAGCAGCGUGUAGCGCAAAGGGUGGAGAGGGGGGUGCGCCUUCGGCUAGCCUGCUUCGUGCUUCUGCUUACCUUGCACUCGCCGUCCUCGCACCGAGGUGCUUUCUGCUUUUUCUGGGAGCAGGCGUCGCCUGCCUUUCAAAUCCCAGGCCCCUUGAUGGAUUUGUGAGGUGGCUGAGCUUCAAUACAAAGGAGAGUUCAGAAUCUGGCACAGGUUGCAGCAUGAAGCGCUGGGUUCUGCUUUCCCUACCUCGUGUUCACAUCCUCCUCAGCAGAGGAGGGCCUUUCUCUUAAUGCCUGGGGCAUUUGUGCACUAAACACCCAAAGAGAGAAAAUAUUCUAUUUUUGAAAGUUAUUAAAAGGGAAGAAGAAGAAGAAAAGAAAUUGCUUUCACAUCAUGCUGGGGAGAUGUAAGAAAAGCAGAGUUGUUGCACUGGUAGUUGCCUCAGGCAGCCUUAAAUUUAGGGCUGAUAUUUGCGAGAAGGUGUGAAAGAGAGGAAAGAAACUUGUUCAACGGGAGGCGUGACUGCUUCAUCCUUUUGACAAGAGGGUGUUUUGAACGUUUCCUACUUGAGACCCUCAGAUAAAUUAAUGCCUUGUUUAAACUUGAGGAGAUGCGUUUGGAUCACACAGUCACCAGGGGAUGGGGGGGGGAUGGGACCCAAGCUGGCUCUACCGACAGUAAUGACAGGAUUUUGGCCUACACCACGGACAGUUUUGUGUGCUUGCUGCCUUUUGUCUUGCUUUACACCUAAGCCCUUGGACGAGAGACAGAAAGCAGGCUAUGAAAACAACAUUCGAAGGGAGAGGAGAGGAAGAAUGGAAUAGCAUUCAGCCUGCGUCCCUGAGGAUCAAGCUUCCGCAGUGCCAUCAGCUGUUUUGGUCUCCGAUAGUCUAUUUUUGAAAACAAACACCUGCCAUCUGGUUUUCUCACUUGUCACUGAAUCAAUUGUUACCGAAUCUCAUCCAGCCGACUGGAGGCGGUUAGAAACAAUAGCUGCUUUCUUGUAAGGUGACAGAAGGCUGUGGCUUUAACUGUGUUUCCCACCCCGCUUGCUCCUCCCUACCUCCAAUAAUUGUUUUUGUGUCCUUUUCAAGUGCUGGCUGGAAACUGCCAAUAGUUCUUUCUCUGCAAUUUCAGAGGGGGGUGGGGGUUGUUUUGUACAGAGCAGGCCUACCGAAACACAGAGAGGACGAAGCAGCAGGCCAGUGGAGCUGGUUCAGUGAUAGGAAAUGGAAAUGGUUUCUGCAACAGCAAGAAACAAGAUCUCUGAGAGCCAUCAAUGAGCUCCUCUUAUUCCUUUCUGUUUGUGGGUUCACUUUUUCGUUGCUUUGCUUCAAGUGAAUGCAACCAAGUAGGAAACAACCCAAUGAACCUUUAGCACAUGUCAGCCCCUGCUAUUAAACUGAAGCACUUACUAACUUACUUGCCCUGCCUGGACUGAGCAUCCAAGGUGGAAAUACUGAGUUUAUUCCAGAUGAGCAUAUGUAUAUGCCAGAGGGGAAGCUGUGAUAGCAAAAACAACAAAGGGCCUUGCCUUGUGUCACCAUGAACACAAAAGGAUGUAAUAUAAUGGCAAAUACCAAGAGUAGCAGGAGAUAUGUCACAUUUCUGUGUAGAGACAGAUAUAUAGAUUGUGAUCCAUUCUUCACAGCUGUCACUGUUCUUUCUUGCAAUGCUAAUUUAACACCUUAAAAAAGAAACAAUUACUUUCUGUAAUAGGAAAAAUAUCUCCAAUCUCAAUUGGCUGAGAUGUCUAUGGAGUCAUAUAUUAUUAGAACCUUCAUUUCCUUUUCUUUCUUUCUUUUAACAAAUGCCAUUCGGCCAGAAGCUGUAAUGCUUAUGGCUUUUAAGACCAUUGCUUAAUUUUUUUUGCCGGGGGUGUGGGGAGAAUGGGGAGAGAAUUCCCGAAUAAGUAACUGCAUUUUAUUUUAACCCAAUCAGAAGAGAACUGUAUGCAUCACGGUCCUAUUUUUCUGACAUGAAGUGAGUGAUCAGGAAAUGAAAAGAGGACUUUUGUCCAGCUGCAGCAAAAAAUAAAUAAAUCUCUCCACCCCACCCAGAAAAAAACAGUUGAUUAUCUAAACAGGAAAUUCAUACCAUGGUGUAGAAGAUAAAAAGAAAGAGUAUGCCAC